AUGAGCGACAAGUGGGUUGUUUUCAUUGAUUUCAAAGAACAUGAAUCUGAGCCACUGGAGUUCGGAGCGAUCGUAGCGAAUUCUGUGACGCUGAGUUCCUUUCAAGAAUGUUCGGUUCAUAAUAUGGAAACCUAUAUCGAAAGAAUUCUCAAACGCCAACCUGGUUCACCUAAACCCUAUAAUACCUUCAUGGAGAUCCACGACAUGCUCAACAACAGAAUCUGGAUUGGACAUGACAUAAUCAAGCGAGACAUCUGUUGCAGCGGGAUAAUCAAAAGGCCCUCAAAGAUCAAUGGAUUUUGA